ACCAUCUAGAUGACAGCUGAAGUUUGGUUGAAAGGACACUAAGUGCCACUCUGACAAGAUAUUCAGUCAUCCUGACGUCUUCAAAUGGAAUUAUACUGCCCUAAGACCCAACAGAAGUCUGGACAGGCGUACUUUAGGAGAGGAAGACUUGAUGAAGAGGUCGCUGCUCUGUCGGGUUUGACACAGACGUUUUCUGAAGUUAUUAAAACAUUCAAUCACGAGGACCUCCUUAAGGUUACCGAGUACUACAAGCCCUACCUGGCCUAUGUGAUUGAAUACGACAUUACAAGUGUCCUUCGGAACGUGGUCACCAAGAACAUCCUCACCAACAAUGAGGCCAAGAAAUUCAAAACCAAAGAAGACCAUGAGGGGACACAAGGUGUGGAGUCCUUCAUCAGUUACAUGAUGAAGAAAGACAGAGUGGUUCUGGUCAGCCUGUGGGAGGCACUAGCUGAAGAACUUGCAAGAUUUCCAUCACCUAACCUGCCAAGAAUCCUGAAGGAGGUGACAGAGGGAGGACUGGACCUCUUGAAAGACAUUCAGUCAGAUGUUCACAUUCCCACUUAUAUUAAAGGCCUCCAUGAGAUACACAGAGCUGGUGUAUCUGAAUCCACAAGAACUUUAGAGGAUCAGGCUUCUCCUGCAGAUCCCCACACCAGAGUUGUGGGCUUUGAGACUCGAUACACAGAGCUGAUGGUCAUCAAACAGUAUAAAAGAACCUACAGCGAGAGGCUCCAUGAACUGGAGAAGACGGGGAGAACUCAUGCAGAGCUGGUGGAGGAGAAGACAAAAGUGAAAUGUGAGCGAAUCUGGACAGAGCAGCUUUUUAGAAGAAGUGCAGGAAGUGAGACACACCCUCACAUUGUGGUGGUCAGUGGGGUGGCUGGAAUUGGUAAGACCACCAUGGUCCAGAAGAUAAUGUUUGACUGGGCCAGAGGCACUCAGUACCAGAGGUUUGCAUUUGUGUUCCUGUUUAAAUUCAGGGAGCUCAACCUUCUAGACACAGAGACAGAGCCACAGAUGCCUCUGACCAGGCUGAUUGUAAGGCACUAUAAAUAUCUCAAUAACCCAAAACUGAGAGAAAUCCUGCAGAAACCCAAAUCUCUCCUCUUUAUAUUUGAUGGACUGGAUGAGUACAAACACAAACUAGACUUUACACAGGAGAGACUCUGCUCAAACCCAGAGGAGGACUAUUUUCCUGUACGCAUCCUGUUCACCAGCCUGGUCAGAAGGACAUUAAUGGAUGGCUGUACAGUUUUGAUCACAAGUAGACCAACAGCCCUAGAAGCCCUGAACAUGGCGAGAGUUGAUCGAUUUGCAGAGAUCCUGGGGUUCUUCCCUGAACAAAGGCUGAUGUACUUUAAGAAGUUCUUUGGCGAUGCUGAUCAGGGCUUUGAGGCUUUUCAGUAUGUGGAGGAGAACGCCAUCCUGUACACCAUGUGCUUCAACCCCUCAUACUGCUGGAUUAUCUGCUCUGUGCUGAUGAGCCAUUUCAUGACACCUGAAGAAGAGCGAGGAGCUGCCCCCAGAACUGUCACUGAGCUCUUUGUGAUGUUCUUUCACAACAUUCUCACCAAUCACAAACGAGAAGCUGAAAAUCUGCAGGAUUUUCUGGUCAAACUGGGAAAGAUGGCUUAUCAUGGGGUGGUCAACAGAACUCUUGUGUUUUAUGAAAAUCAAGAGAUGUCCACAUUUGGUUUACAGCCAGUCCUGUCCUCUCCUUUCCUCUCAGGGUUCCUCAAAGAAAUUCUUCAGAGAGAAAGCACUCUGGAGCACACAACGUACACAUUCUUUCACCUCACCAUACAGGAGUUCAUGGCCGCAUGCUGCUUCUACCUCGAUCCAUCAGGGGGUGUUGAGGAGAUGCUUGUGAAGCUGGAGUCAUGUAAAGAUGGCCGGUUUGAGAUUCUCACUCGAUUCCUGGUGGGACUGGCCAAACCUUCUGUGUUUAAAACACUGGGAGGAGUCAUGGGGGAGUUUAAGAGGAAAACAGCAAAGCGAAUACUCGAGUGGGUGAAGCAAAAAGCUGAACAGGCACUAUGGGGAGGAGAUAAAACUGAAGCUCUGCGAGUGUGUCAGUGGCUCUAUGAGACUCAGAAUAAAAAAAUAAUCAGAGAUGCCAUUGGGAAGGAUUUAAAGAUGGAUUUUAGUGAGACGACUUUAUCUCCUCUGGUUUGUGCUGUGCUGGGUUCCAUCAUUAGCUGCUGUGGAGAGGUUGAGGAGCUCAACUUGUUUAAGACACAGCUUACGCCAGAGUGCAUCAGGAGACUGGCACUGGGACUCAUCUGCUGCAGACAAGUCAAUCUGGACACAUGUUGUCUCACCUCCACAUGCUGCUCAGCUCUCUCCUCAGCUCUUUCUUCUCCACACUCACAACUGACAGAACUGGACCUGUGCUUCAACCGCAACCUGGGGAAUUCUGGACUGGAUCAGCUGUGUGAGGGGCUGAGGAGUGAAAACUGCAAAUUAGAGAAACUGAACCUGUCUGUUUGUGGUCUCACCUCCAGAUGUUGCUCAGCUCUCUCCUCAGCUCUUUCUUCUCCACACUCACGACUGACUGAACUGGACAUGAGCAGCAACAACAUGGAGGAUUCAGGAGUGGAUCAGCUGUGUGAGGGGCUGAGGAGUGAAAACUGCAAAUUAGAGAAACUGCACCUGUCUCGUUGUGGUCUCACCUCCAGAUGUUGCUCAGCUCUCUCCUCAGCUCUUUCUGCUCCACACUUACGACUGACUAAACUAAACAUGAACAGAAACAACAUGGAGGAUUCAGGAUUGGAUCAGCUGUGUGAGGGGCUGAGGAGUGAAAACUGCAAAUUAGAGAAACUGGGCCUGCACUCAUGUGGUCUCACCUCCAGAUGUUCCUCAUCUCUCUCCUCAGUCCUCUCUUCUCCACACUCACAGAUGACUGAACUGAACCUAAACUUCAACAAACUGGAAGAUUCAGGAGCUCAUCAGCUGUGUGAAGGUCUGCGGACCCCAAACUGUAAAUUAGAGAUACUGGAGCUGCUGUUUAAUGGGAUCAGUGAGAGUGAAAUGAUGAACCUGAGGUUACUACAGGAGGAGCUGAACAGGACUGGACGGCAGGUGAAUAUUAAUACAGAAGAAGACUGAACAUGUUGAUCAUCUGACCCCGGUGAUGGCACCCCCUGUCCAUUUCCUCUAAAUUCUUCUCUUUAUUCUUUUAUAAUCUCCUCAGCUGUCCUCCACAUUUAAUAAACUCUCCAUGUCUUCUUCACAGCCUGUGUGAUUCCUCUUUAAAGUCACUUGUGUUUCUCCACCCUGUGACCCUGAACUGGUAACCAAGCUCCACAAGUUCAGACCAGAGACAUCUGACUUUCAUCACCCAGAGAACCACAGUGAGAAUUGUCCUCUUAAACUAGCUGGGGUCACAAAGCCCACUGAGGGGAGCAGCAGGAGUAAACACGAGUGGACAUUCCAGUUGAAGGGUGAUGGAAAGUGAGGCCAAUCUUGGCAUUAGUGACAAAUUCUAGACAGGCACCGGGCUGUCACAGGUCAAGCUGAUGGCCACCUCAACAGAAAACUUAUAAGCCUACUGCUCCUCAACAUCAUGUGGUGUUGUUUGAACCUGUGUCUGUUUCACAGAAGAGCUACAAAGACAAAGAUGGUUAUAGAGACAGGAGAGAUGGGGGACAGAUGAGUACAGAAGAGGAGAGUCAAAUAGGACAGAGGGGGACAAUAAAUGGAGGAGAUAAGGAACAUUUAAAUGUGAAACCGUGGAAAAGCUGAGUUACAUUAGAAUGGAGAAGAGAGUUUGAUUUCCAAGGUCAGCAGCCUUGAAGGAGACAUGAUGGCCAUCUACACCUCUUCUGAGCCGAGAAGGCUGAAGAUCUUUGUGAACAAAAAGACUCUGCUCUGCAUCAGUUGUGGUUCAAGCAGAUCCAUAACAUGUCAGAAUGUGAAGAAGCGAAGUUGGAUGACAUCCUCCACUAGAAAGAGGAGUGAAGUGAAUAAUAUAAUAAGAGUACAAGGAUGUAGAAGUGAGGAGGUGACAGUAAAUAUGACAGACAGUGAUGCAAGUGCAGAUGUCAUGAGGAGUCACAGAUUGUGGACUCUGAUUAUUUCACUGAUGACUGAUGAGGAUGACAACAGUAUUGGACCACCAUAAUGAGUGAUAAUUAAUGAGCUGCGCACAACUGAACUACUACUACUGUUCUUACUGUGGUGGAUGUAGACAUAUGUUGUUUGACAUAUGCAUGUUAAAUUGGUUU